AAUGAGGAGAGGCGUUGCUGGCAGGUGGGGAGUGUUUUUGUUUUGGGUUGAAGUUGAGGCUGAAGAGGGAGAAGAGCAAGCGAAGAGCAGUCGUCCCUGCCGCGGGCGCUGCGGGAGGUGGAGGAGGUCCCGCGGGAGCCGAGAGGUCCCGCCUCCGCGCCAACGGCCCCUGCCCGCCGCUCCUCUGCCUCUUCCGAGUCCCGGAACUCCCGGGCCUGCCCGGGGGCCCUAGUCUUUGCACUCCGCACGCCGCAGCGCCCGGCCCCGGCCGCACCCGCCGGCCCCAUGAGGAGGGACGUGAACGGAGUGACCAAGAGCAGGUUUGAGACCUUGCUUUACACAGAACACUAAAGGAAGUUCUUCAAGUUGAAAGGACCUGGCUCCAGAUGGCAACUUGAAGAAAAGGCACUAUAAAAGUUAAUUGCAGAGAUGUUUUCAAAUAGUGAUGAGGCUGUAAUCAAUAAAAAACUUCCCAAAGAACUCCUAUUACGGAUAUUUUCUUUUCUGGAUGUUGUAACCUUGUGUCGUUGUGCUCAGGUCUCCAGGGCCUGGAAUGUUCUGGCUCUGGAUGGCAGUAACUGGCAGCGAAUUGACCUGUUUGAUUUCCAGAGGGAUAUUGAGGGCCGGGUAGUGGAGAAUAUUUCAAAAAGAUGUGGGGGCUUUUUACGAAAGUUAAGUCUUCGUGGAUGUCUUGGAGUAGGAGACAAUGCAUUAAGGACCUUUGCACAAAACUGCAGGAACAUUGAAGUACUGAAUCUAAAUGGAUGUACAAAGACUACAGAUGCGGGUCUGGCUCUGGGGGAAGCAAACUGCCAUUUUAAGUAGCUCUGUAGAGAGAGGCCCAUGUGGCAAGGAACUGAAGUCUCCGGUCAGCACCAGCUAGACCCUGAAACCUACCAAAAAGCAAAUG